UACAAGUGUUCUCUAUCUCUACCAUCAUUUCAAAGUAGUUUCUUUAUUAUAUUUCUUAAACCUCUUUAAUUUCUAAUCAAUUCCUCUUAGCCAAUCUGAAAUGGCACAGAAACUAGUCAUAAAAGUAGACGUACAUGAUGAGAAGGAGAAACGGAAGGCCAUGAAAGCAGUUUCUCGCCUUGGAGGGAUCGAAUCUCUGGCUAUAGACAUGAAGGAGAAGAAAUUAACAGUAGUUGGAGGUGUUGAUCCAGUUCAUGUUGUGUGCAAAUUGAGAAAAUCAUGGUACGCAGAAAUUCUAACGGUUGGUCCAGCAAAAGAACCUGAAAAGAAAAAAGAAGAAGGAAAGAAGGAUGAUGCCAAGAAAGGUGAUGAUAAAAAGAAGGAUGAAGAAAAACAAAUUGCAGAACUUCUCAAGCUUUACAAGAAUUACAAUCCUUAUUGCACACAGUACUACCAUGUUUACAGUGCAGAGGAGGAUCCAAAUUCUUGUGUUAUUAUUUGAUUAUGUAAUGUGGAAUUGCAGAGGAGAAGAAGGAGAGACGAUAGAAGAAUUUUAUCGUUGAAUUUAGAUGAAUUUUCUGAUUUUCAAGAACCCUAUUUACAUAAAAGAUAUAGUAUUAUAGAGAAUGAAUAAAUCUUGGGUCUUUCUGAAAAAAAUUUCUGUUCUAUUUGGGAGAAAGUUGACAAA